CGUUACCGGGGUAACGGAGUCGUUGGAGAAGCGAGGAGCCCAGGGGCAAGAUGAUGCUCUCCCGGGCCAAGCCGGCCGUGGGGGGCGCCCCGCCGCAGGGUGACAAACGGAAGAAGAAAGGCAAGAAAGUCCCGCAGCUGGAGGAGCUGCUGGCCCAGAGGGACUUCACCGGCGCCAUCGCCCUGCUGGAGUUUAAACGGCAUGUGGGGGAACAAGAUGAGGACACCGACCUUUGGAUUGGAUACUGUGCCUUUCACCUGGGGGACUACAAGAGAGCAUUGGAGAUGCAUAUGUAAACCAGCUGGAAUGAGCAAAAUAGAUGUUCUCAUAUCCAGGGAGAACCUAGAAAACAGAAGCAGAACAGUUAAGCUAAGGUUCCUGAGAUGCAACAUUCCCCACACCAAAAGGGAGUGUCCCAGAAGUCUUCAGAUCCCAACUGGAACCCUGAGAAUUCCCCAUUUUGUCACCUUCAUCUUUGAAGCACCAUCUUGAGUCUACCAUCUAGUGAGAUUCCUUCUGAAGGCCAAUAACAAAACCUCUCUUUUAAAAAAAAAUGAAAAUCAAACCAAGACUGCCUGUUGAUCUAGAUGGCACUUCCUCCUCCUCAGAGCACUGUGACCACACCUGCAGUGUUCCAACUCCCUACCAGCACAGGGAAGGAGACCACCACUAGAAAUGAAAAUCCAAUUUCUAACCAUUUUUAUAUCACACCCAUUGCCAUAGUACCAUAGUGCUUCUCCUGGAUGAUAGUGAAAAUCACCAGUUGCACAGCCUGCUAUAGCAUCUUUAACUCCCGAAAUUUACACAAAGAGGCUACCUCUAAAUCAGAUGCCGGUAUCUCCCGUUCCUCCUCCCAGAAAGCUAAAACGCUGCCUCGACAGUCUUCCUGAUCACUACCAGACCAAGGGACAAGAGACUGGGGCUCUGGAAAAUCAGAUGCUGCCCUUUUCAAAGGUAGCACACUGCAGAGUCACAUUCUGAGAUAUAUUGUACCCCUUAAAAAAUGCAUGGGAACUUCUUAUCUGUCUCUCCAACAUGGCUUUUAGCCAUCUUCAGAUAUUAAACAACUUCAAUUUAGAGACAAAUGAAAGACCAAAUACAAGAGUAACAUGAUACAAAAGCAAGAACUAGAAUGAUUUGUUAGAAAACUUAUCUAUGUACAGUAUCAGUUAAAACAAAAUGGAAUCAAGAUUGAUGUGUCUGUAGUGCCCAGCAUGAUAGGGCCCUGACGCCUGAUUGAGGCCCCUACAUGUUCCUGAAAUAUAAAUAAUAAUGAGGAUUACAUCAACAUAA